CUCGCUCCCGUCGCGUCGCUUCGCUAACGCGUGUGAGCGAGAGAGAGGAAAAUAAAAAGAAGGGAGUGAGGGAAAGGGCUUUUUGUUUUCGACGUGUUCGCCCCGUAGACGCCCUUCGAACCGCCGGAAAAUUCUUGGAGCCCCGCCGGAGGGAUUCUUCGCCGCCGUACGUCGCCUGGAAGCCAUGUCGGGGGCUCGCGGAGCUAGGGUUUGGUGCCCGGAGGGGAGCCUCCCGAUGCCAAUCGAGUCCAUCGGGAAAUGAGCCUGCGAAUCGCCGUGGGAUUUGGGGUCUGGACGCUCGACGGCCAAGAUUUCGUCUCCGGAUGGAGGGUGGCGGAAGCCUAGGCACUUUCUCUCCGGGAUAUAUCCAUGGAUUAUGAUGAUAACGAUUUUCAAAGCCAGAAUUUUCAGUUAGUUGGAGAAGACAGCAACAAGUUUCCUCCAAGUUUGAGAUCAUUUGCUCUACCAAAAUUUGAUUUUGAUGAACAUCUCCAGGUCCAUCUGAGGUUUGACAGUUUAGUUGAACCAGAGGUUUUACUUGGCAUACAAGAUCAAGAAAACAAGUGGAUUGAGCACUUUUCACCAGGAAGUAGUGCAAUAGAAUUUAGUUCAAGUGCUGCUGAAUCUUGCUCCAUUUCUAGGCAUAACAAUGUCUGGUCUGAGGCUACAUCGUCUGAAUCUGUGGAGAUGUUAUUGAAAUCUGUUGGAGAAGAUGAGAUGGUAAACAAAAGAGUUGACACUAAAGAGGCAGAUGCACAUGAUCAAUUGAAUGGGCUAGAUGAUCAAAUGGAUCCCUUGAUAAGACAAGAUGAUUCUGGCAAUUCUCGCAUGGGAGAUAUUGUACACUCAGAUCUCACUAUACAGCCUGAUAAAUCUACUAAUAUCCUUCCAGGGCCAGGUGAGGAUGCAUUUAGGGGUCAGCCUCAGGUUGAAGGUAUGUCUCAAACUUCCAAAGAUGAAAAACCUGAAAAAGACUUGGAUCUAAUUUCAUCUGUCGAGAAGUUUAGCUCUGAUCGAAAGGUUGUUCCUGAGCAAUGCACUGCUGAUAAAACUUCUUCUGAUGAAGUUAUUAAUGAGUUUUUUGAGGGUGUUCAGGAUGAUGAUUCCUUGGAUAAUGCAUUCAUGAGGAAGAGUACACCUGAUGAUCAUGGUUGUGCUACAUGUGUGGGUACGAGAGCAAGUUCUGAAUACAGGAAUACUCAAGAUGACCCUGCAGCGACUUCCAUUGAUAGAUCUGGUAUAUGUUCUGGGAAGCAAUCAUUGUCAGAGCAAAUAAUGGGGGGAAACAAAGAGGUUGGCAUGCUUGAGAAAUCCAAAGGCUUGCAACCUGAUAAUCAUCAGAAAGUAUAUGGUCAGAUAACAUGCAGAGAUGGUAAAACGAUUGAUCAGCAUUCUGAAGGCCGUGCACUCAACCAUGAUUUUUCCAGCAUGAAGGAUUCUUCAUGUUCGGAGCCAUCUAUGGAUUCUUUGGUGUAUUUAAAUGAAGAGUGCAAUGAAUCCGUGUUGUCUGAGAACUCUAAUGGAUUAUUGGAAGCUAUUGCUUACCAGGGUAAGGCCUUGAACAAAGACAAUGGGACAGGUGAUAAGGUUGUGAGACACAUGAAUGAAAAGUCUUCUUUAGAGGUGGUAGGAGAUAUGAUAAUUGAGAGGCAUUCUCUUGAAGUCAGCAAUGAAAAUAUUGCUAAGGUACCUCCUAUAACAGAAGCAUCUAAAAAUGCAGGUCAUGAUGAUGCUGAAUUUCUUGCAAAAUAUGAUGAUCUUCAUGCGAGUAUUCUGCCCAUUAAUGCAAAAGUAGCUGAUUCAGGAGAGGAAAGAGAACUAUCUUCUUUCAAGGAAGUUAUUGAAGAGAAACAAAACCUUGAAUGUCAGUUAUCUGACAAACACAACAAUGAUUCUCAUGAUUCCAAACCCACUGUUGUACAAAAGAGUGUAGAGGAUAAAGAUCUUAAAGAUACUAAUGAGAAAUCAAAUGUUACAUUGAAUGCUUCAGAAGAUGCUUCUUUGGAAAAAUCUCUUUUGCCUAUUUUACAGCAUGAUACGGAAGUAAAGGUAUUGUCUUCCACUCAUGACAAAUCAAUUGAGAUGAAGAAAUCUGGUACUUCAGAGGCCAAGUUCGUUGAUGACGAUGUGAUCCCUCCAGAUAUUUCUGUUAUUGGAAAGGAAUUCAUAGCGCCAUUUGUUGUUUCAUGUGGUGCAAGCUCUAAUACUGACACUUCUAAUGUUACUGGGAGGGUAGAAGAGGCCUCAUUUACAGCUCAGAAUGCUGGUGGGGCAAAAGAUGGUUCAUCUGUCACGAAACUAAUUCAGGAUGAAUCUGUCACCAAUCCUGCUACGAUAGGUGUCAAGUCAACUUCACUCAAUGAUUCAACUGUUGUCUGCCAGUCACGGCCUGAAGAUGCUCUUGCUGUGGAUGUGGUUGGAGAACAGAAAGAUGCAGCACUGUCACCUUUACAUGCAUCAGAGCAUAUGCACUCAGUUGAGAAGGAUGUGAACAUCUCAGCAUCAGUUACAAAGAGUAACUUAGAUUCCCAGAUAUCAAGCGACCCAACUACAGUUGCUGAUGCAGUUCUGGAUGGCUCGUGCCCAAUGAAUGUUGUUCUGGAUGAGUCAGAAGAAACCAUUAAAAAAGAUGAGAAGCAGCCGUUGCCUGUACCUCCAUCUGCAGGAGAGUCCUCUCCUGCUAUUUUUCAAAAUGGACAGCAAAGUGAUGAAGCCAAUAUAACUCCAGGAGGCGACUGUCAUGGGCAGAAUCUUGUUGUGGAAACCAACUGUGAUGCAUCUGGUGCCCAUGCAAACAAAUCUCCCCAUUCUACCUUGUCGACAAGCAAUGUUGAAUCCCGCUUAUUGGAACCUGGAAGCAGUAUUCAGGGUUCAGUUGAGCCAAGUUGUGGUUCACCCACAGUUAUCAGUUGCACUGAACAUUCUCAAGAUGGAGUGGAAUAUCGAGAGGGCAGUAGAGGAUUGUUGGAGCAUACUGGUCCUACUUCAGGAAACCCACCUCAUAUAUCUUCUGAUGCAAUGGUGAGUGCUGGUAAAGUCAAAGCCGGUGACUGUGAUUCCAAGGAGUGUACUGCAUCUGAAGAUGAUAGGAGCUUUAAAUUUGAGGUUGGAUCAGUAGCAGAGUUGUCUGAAAAGAACACCAGAAAUAACUGGAAACCCUUUUCCAGUAUGUCUCCUUCUGAACUUCCUCAGGUUUCAAAAGAUAAUUCUCAUCCUGGCCCUAAAGAAUCUGAAGAAAAGAGUCCACAUGGGACCAUGACCAAAACAAUUGGUGAAAAUAAAAGUAAGCAAGUAUCAAGCUCUGGAACCAGAAAAGCAAACACUUCAAAAAGGGCUGCUAAAGAAACGCCAUCACCAAAAAAAGCAAAAGAAAGGGAAAGGAAAACAUGCAGUACAUCUCCUACUGGCAGUACAGGCAUAAGCAGCAAUAUGCGGUUGGAGGAGAUGCAACAACACCUCUGUGUUGAGAGCAGUAGUAUGAAGGUGUCUUGUCCUCAGACUGUUCAGACAUCUAAUUUGCCUGACUUGAAUACUUCACUUUCUACUGCAGCAUUGUUUCACCAGCCUUUCACAGAUCUACAACAAGUACAACUGCGUGCACAGAUCUUUGUUUAUGGAUCUUUAAUUCAAGGUAUUCCGCCAGAUGAGGCUUGUAUGAUUUCGGCCUUUGGAGGAACUGAUGGUGGAAGGAGCUUAUGGGAUGGAGUUUGGCGUGCUGCUGCAGAAAGGCUCCAGAAACAGAAAUCACCUCUCAAUAAUUCUGAAACCCCUUUACAUUCUUGUUCAGGUGUCAGGGUUUCUGAGCAAGGGACGAGGUCCAGUCCACUUCAAAGCAAGGCCCUCUAUACCCCUGCUAGCCGAAGUGGCACCAAGGUUGUUCCUUCAACUGUAGUAAAUUCAACAAUGUGUUUGCCAUCACCUUUGUGGAGUACUUCUUCUCAUGAUGCACUACCUUCCAAUGUGCAACGAGGCACUCAUCUGGACUUCAAUCAGGUUUUAUCUCCCAUGCAUUCAUACCAAUCUUCCCAAAUGAGGCACUAUACAGGCAACACUACACCUUGGUUUUCUCAGAGUCCUCGUCCCGGUUCCUGGGUUGUUUCAUCGCAAAGUUCAACUUUAGGAGCUAGCUCACAACAUCCUGCAAUACCUCUUGCUGAGACAAUUCAAGUAACACCUGUCAAAGACUCAUCUACACCCCGUGCCUCCAACAUGCAGCUUGUGUCCCCUAAUACUUUGCCGCCUACUCAGGCUCCCAUUAGUGUUUCUGCGGCAUCUGUUGUGCAGGCUGAAACCCAAAAGAAGUCGGCAAUUCCUCCAAAUACAAGGAACACAUCUACUGCACAGAAGUCCAGAAAGAGAAAGAAGGGUUCAGCACUUGAAGAGAUGGGCCCAGUCUUUUCAGUUUCUCAACCUCAAACUGAACCUGCUUCUGCUACUGUUGUUACUAAGCAUCUACCAACUUCAGCAGGCUACCCUUUAUCCACAAAUUCUUCAACUAAAGCUGCCCCUGGUGGUCUUGUUUCAGCUACAUCUACCAUGGCCUAUCCUACUCAUUUCCAGAUGGUUGGCAGUGGCAAUGCUGAACAGAGGGUCAUUCUGUCAGAGGAGACAUGCAGUAGAAUCGAGCAGUCAAAGCUGCAAGCAGAAGAUGCCGCUGCUCAUGCUGCUGCUGCAGUCCGGCACAGCCAAGGAAUAUGGAGUCAGUUAGCUACCCAAAAGAAAUCUGGCUCAGUUUCAGAAGUUGAAGAGAAACUUGCCUCUGCAGCUGUUGCAGCUGCAGCAGCUGCUUCUGUUGCAAAAGCAGCUGCAGAAGCUGCUAAGGUUGCAUCAGAGGCUGCUUUACAGGCUAAGAUGAUGGUAGAGGCAGCUCUGAGUUCUGGUAAAACAGGUCAUCCUGGUCAAAAUUCUGAGGCUGGCCUUGAUGUCAGAAAGGAUUUCGUGAAGCUAACUCCUGUUUCGAUAUUGAAGGGCAAGGACAAGGUCAAUGGAUCUAGUUCAAUCAUUUCUGUUGCACGAGAGGCUGCCAGAAGAAGGGUGGAAGCAGCUUCUGCUGCCACAAAGCGAGCAGAGAACCUGGAUGUCAUAUUAAAAGCUGCAGAACUGGCUGCAGAGGCUGUUUCGCAAGCAGGAAUAAUUGUUGCAAUGGGGGAUCCCUUACCAUUUACUAUCAGUGAAUUGGUGGAAGCUGGGCCUGAAAGUUAUUGGAAAAUCCAGCACAUGGCUAUUGAUAAACAUGCAAAAGCAAAUGGCUUGCACCAAGAGGAGAAUUUGGAUGCAGAUGCACCUAAUGAUCAUGAUGCAUCUGUUAAACAAUCUACUGAGCAACCGUUAGGCCAUAGAGAGACAGAGAGAAAUACCAAUGAAGAGGUGAUUACUUCCCAUAGUGAACAGGCCAUACAGUUGGAGGAAAAUAGCAUAGGAAUCACAUCGGUAACUUUUCCAACUGAUAGAGUUGAAACAGAUUCUCUGGCAAGUAAUCUUAAAGGAAAUAGCAUUCGGAAGGGAUCUCUUGUAGAGGUUGUGGCUGAUGAGGAUGGUCUUAGAGGGGUUUGGUUUUCUGCACGGGUUCUUGAUGUGAAAGACGGUAAAGCAUUUGUCUGCUACAACGAUCUUCUUCCUGAUGAAGGCACUGGUCGGCUGGAGGAAUGGAUACCACUUGAGAGUGAAAACAAUAACGCUCCUAGAAUACGUGUUACUCAUCCUAUUGCUGCAGCAAAACCUGGAGGAACAAGGAAGCGGCGUAGGGAGGCUGUAGGAAAUUAUGCUUGGGCAGUUGGAGAUAGGGUAGAUGCAUGGAUACGGGAUGGUUGGUGGGAAGGGAUUGUCUCUGAAAAGAGCCCAGGUGAUGAAACAAAGUUGACCGUCCAUUUUCCAGCUGGAGGUGAUUCAUCAAUUGUUAGAGCUUGGAAUCUCCGGCCAUCUCUCAUUUGGAAGAACGGUGGAUGGAUGUUGUGGUCCCAUGUCAGAGAAAGAAAUACAGUUGAACCCUAUGAGGGUGAUACUCCCUUUGAGAAACGGCAAAAGCUUGGCAGGCUUGAAGGCAAGAUCGAUUCAGGAAUUGAUGGCAGAGGAGUAGGGAAUAUGUCAAUGGACGUGUGCAGUAAUGAUUCUAGGAAACCUGAAGAUUCAAGAUCACUAAAUUUAUCUGCAAAGGAUAAAGUCUUUUCUGUUGGAAAGAAUGAUAAAGAGGAAAAUAAUUCUGAUGCACUGAAAGUAAAACGGACUGGUCUGCAGAAAGUAGGAUCAAGAGUGGUCUUUGGUGUACCUAAGCCCGGAAAGAAAAGAAAAUUUAUGGAAGUCAGCAAACAUUAUACUGUGGACAAGACUGAAAAGGCAAGUGAAGGAAAUGAUUCUAUUAAAUUUGCUAAGUAUUUGAUGCCACAAACAUCCCGUGUAUGGAGAACUACUACAAAAGUGGACAGCAAAGGAAAAAGGGCCAGUAACUCCAAGCCUAAGGGGCUUAAAUCUGUAAAAUCUCAAAUCAUUCAGCGUAGAGGUGCAGCUGAGGGGGAUAGUUCAUCCGUUACCACCAUGCCUGCUUCAAAUGGUGGAGAAAGUGGUCAUGGUUCUAUACCAAAUGUGAAAGCUUCUUUUAAUAAUGAAGAGAACAAUCUAGGAAAGAAAAACUUACCAGAAGCUGGUUCCUUGUCAGCUAGUAUUGGAACAGCAGAUGCUGCAGUAUCAGAGUCUUCUGUGCCAGUGCCUGGUGUUCCAUUAUCUAAGAAGUCAUCUGCUGCUGUUGAAGCCAGUAUCGGAGGAAAAAGAAAGGUUACACCUGCUACAGAUAAAUUGACUGGAACUGAAUUUAAGGUCUCUGGAUAUCCAGCUAAAAUUAUCCCAGAUGCCACUGGACCUCGGAGAUCCAACCGCAGAAUCCAACCAACCUCAAGGUUACUAGAGGGAUUGCAGAGUUCUCUGAUCAUAUCCAAGAUUCCCAGUGUUUCACAUGACAGGGGUGCCAGAGCCCAGCAUAGAGGUGCAUUGUCUUCUAGAGGGAAUGCUCAGGGUUGAGAGGAAGGCUUUUUGAUGCUGUUAUUUGAUCUAUAUACAAAUCUUGUAUGUCAGUGAAAGAUUCAUCAAUCAAGAUUUUUGUACAUAAAAUACCAUUUUAGGACUGGAACCAGAAAGCUUUGUUCUUAUAUGUUUAGAUGUAAAAUGCUAUAGUGAGCUUAACUUAACCUUAGCAUUUUCUUUACCUUGAGCGGUGGGACUUUUCUGUCUUUUCAUAUUUGAUUUGUCAAUAGAACCAAAAGUUUCAUGUAUUGAUCCCUAACACACCUGUUUAGAACCUAUUUUAUAUUGCAGGAUUCAGAUGAUGCAACAGAAUAACAAAGUAGAACAUUCUUCAGCUGUUUUGCUGAUUUGUAGGCAUGAAUUGCUGGAUUUACAUGUGAAGUCAGUGACGCUUGGAUGCAUGAUUAAGGUCAUCUCAAUGGAAUUUUAUGGUGAAGAAAUAGUAGGCCGACAAUUUUUAGAUUGAGGUAUCACCUAAGAGGCAGAAUUGUUGUAUGAGGCUGCCUAAGCAAUCUGUGGUGAUAACAAAUUAGUCUGAAUAGUAGGUUCAGCGAUGAAGAUCCAAUGUUAGCAUAAUCAACUGCUCUGUUUUCAUGAGGUUAAGACAGGUUUUUUCUUUA